AUGUCUGUAUCAGUGUCAGCUGUGGCUCUGAAUCCUAAACCAGGCCCGUCCCAAAGCUUCACGCCCUUUAUCUGGCACAUCAUCUUGAUCGGACUAGGGGAUUGUGUGCGAAAUUCCGGAAGCCAUCUGACAGACAGUCUUGGUCAAGGUGGCGGUUUGGGCGGCAUAGGCUUAUGCUGUGCCGCCUGGUUGGCACCGCAUGCCUCUGCUUUGGUUUUGUUUGGCAGAACAGCCCGGCCAGAGGCAUCCCGUCGAUUGGUACAAAUGACCACCGGCUCGUGUGAGAUCUCCGUGCGCUAUGGGGACCUUGUGCAGAGGUGCUUUAGCCUGAGCCGCCUGCCGCCUCCGAGAAAGCCAGAAGUGGCGGGGCUAGACGUGGAGGUCCUCAGCAGACAGUCUUCGACCUCCUGGCCCCAGAAGGAAGAGAGCAGCGCGGAGCCCGUGCCAUCGUCUCUGUGGCCGGAAGCAUGGCAUCUCGUGCCAGAGGAUAUGCUGUCAGCCAGCGACGUGUCGGAGACCAGCUCUGUGAUCACACGGAGGUCAUUCUAUUCCGACGUCAUGCCAGAUGCAGCCCUGGCUGAGUUUGUGGAUAUCCUUCCUCCGAACAAGAUUCUGCACGACAUGUCAAAUGGUCGCAUACAGGCAUUCCUCAAGGAGAUCACCGACUCACCGAAGGCACUUCAGUCCGAGGUCAUGCGUCGGCGCAAGGGCGCCCCGGUGGUAUCUGAACAGCAGCCGCUGCUCCCGUCCAUUUGGAAGAUGCUGAAUGGCAAAUGA